AUUCAGCUGCUGCUCGAGUACGGAGCAGGUUUGGUGGAUCAGGGCGAGUUCACGCCCCUCCACCAUGUGCUGAAGAAUAGAAAGAUUGAGGCAGGAACUAAGCUGGAGCUGAUCCGACUUUUCCUGAAACAACCACAGUUGGACAUUGACAGCUAUCGGAACGGGCAGGUACGCCAGAUGCUGAGGGAUCAGUAUCCGGAACUGCCGUUGCCGGAGCUGCGCGAGGCCGGAGCAGAGAUCGACUGCGAGCGACUCCUCCGCACGCUGCGGGACGGAGACGAGAACCAGUUCGAGCAACAGUUCGCGGAGUACCACCAGAACGUCAGCGGAAACGCAGACAACCAAUGCAAUGCCAACCAGGAGGAGUAUCAGUCCCUGCUGGCGGAGAGUAUCAAGCGGGGCAAGCAGCGAGCCUUUGAGGCCAUCCUCGAGACGGGCAUCAACAUUAAUCCUUCAAAAUUGAGCGACAUCAGCCCCGUGGAGUUGGCCGUAAUCUGGGGCAACCACAGGGCGCUAGAGAAGCUGUUGAAGCAUCCGCAGCUGAGGCUGACAUCGCAUUCCAAGCUGCUGAACGCGGUUAUCAGUCGCCUGGGUGAGCAGCCGCUGGACGACUUCUGUGACCACCAGCGCUGCUUCCGGCUGCUGCUCGAGAGCGAUCGUGUGGACAUCAAUGAGGCGGACAAGGCUGGCCUGGUGCCACUCUCCUAUGCGGUCAAGUAUCGCAACACAAAGGUGGCACAGGAGCUUCUACGGCAGGGAGCGUACAUCGGGGCGAGAAGCGCGUUCGGAGAUCUUCCCAUACAGGAGAUGGACCCGAAAGUGCUGGAGGAGCACUUCGAUUCCUGCAUCACCACCAACGGGGAGAAGCCCGGUGACAAGAGUUUCGAGAUCAUCAUCAACUACAAGAAUCUGAUGAGACGCCAGCGAGAGCCCGGGCAGUCGGACAAGCGGAGCAUUGGCCAUCCUCACCAAUUGGAGGACGAGAUGACUCCAAUCGCAUACAUCGCCGAUUCCAAGGAGCUGCGUUACCUGCUGCAGCACCCGCUUAUCUCGAGUUUCCUCUUCCUCAAGUGGCACCGCCUCUCGGUGAUCUUCUAUCUGAACUUUCCACUUUACUCUCUCUUUACUGCCUCCAUUAUCACGCAUACGCUCCUUAAGUUCCACGAAAGCGACCACACAGGCCUGACUGCCCUCUUCGGCCUGUUCUCUUGGAUAGGGAUUGUGUAUCUCAUGAUCCAAGAGGUCAUACAGCUUGCCAUGUCGCCGCUGCUGUACUUCAGGUCCAUCACGAACCUGAUGGAGGUGGAUCUCAUUGUCUUGUCGAUCCUAACCUGCAUGGAAGCCAGCUACGACAAGGAGACGCAGCGCAUACUGGCCGUCUUCACCAUUCUGCUGGUGUCCGUGGAGUUCUGCCUGCUGGUUGGCUCCCUGCCAGUACUCUCAAUUUCGACGCACAUGCUCAUGCUGCGCGCCGUCUCCAGCAGCUUCAUCAAGAGCUUUGCUCUCUACUCUAUCUUUGUGCUUACGUUUAGUCUGUGCUUCUACAUACUGUUUGGCAAGCCCCAGGUGGAUUUCUCCUCUCCGAAGGACAGCACGCCAGAGCCAGCAAAGGAGGGAGAAGAUGAUGGUCACUUCAACACAUUCUCCGUGCCCAUCGAGGCGCUCAUCAAGACGAUUGUGAUGCUCACGGGAGAAUUUGAUGCCGGUGACAUAAAGUUUGACAGCGUCUACACUUACCUGAUCUUCCUGCUCUUUGUGUUCUUCAUGACCAUUGUGCUGUUCAAUCUCCUGAAUGGUCUGGCUGUCAGCGAUACUCAGGCCAUCAAGGCCCAGGCGGAACUGUACGGCGCCAUUGUCCGCAACAAUCAGCUGACCCGCUACGAGCAAGUUCUCACUGGCCGAGAUGGACCCAGUUCCAGUUGAACAAAGGCAGUCGGUUCGCUCGAGGAAGACCAUGAGCUAGUCACCGGUUCAAUCGUAAUUUUCUUCAUGCUUUUCUUGAGUUUCACGCCCUCGUGGCUUUUCACACACUUGGGACCCUACUAGGCAGAAAAGCGAAAGGAGAGAAAAUCUUC